GUUGUUGAUGGUUUAUUGUGUUCUGUUGUGGUUUGUUUGUGCUUGGAAUCAGCCAGCUUUCUUAAUUGUUGCUGGAAAGCUUAUGUUGAUUGAAUCCAUUGGAGCUCAUUUGCCCAGAUGCUGUGCGAAACUGCACGAGGUUAAUACAUUGGGAAAUGGCCAGCGUCGGCACAACCCGCCGACCGGCCGUUUCGUUCGUGUCACACGAUUGAGACGAAAGAGCCGCAUUGGCCUUGGGUUUCCAGGGUUCACGAAUCAAUUUUUCAGCAGCACAAAUUGUGUUCCUGUUUUCGUGGAUGAUCAAGCUAUUGAUACUGUAUCUAUUUUGAACAUCUUUUCCUGUGUUUUGUUCUUCUCAUCUUUCUCUGAUGUCCACACUAUCCCAAUUGCUGAUCAAGCGCCAUGGUGGAAACAUGUGAAGUAGAGAGGAAUGUUUUCCCAUGUUGGGUUUCAUGUGCAUCAUACGUGUUGGGAAACUGCCGACAUGGCAAACUGGGAGGCCAAGUGGUGCCGAAGCUGCUCCAUUUUCUGAAAGAGUAUUACAUGCGUGGCCAGGAGAAAGAGGUGCUCGGCCUUUUUCAGGACAUGGACGCUGGGCGCUUCAAUGUGGUCCGUGAGGAGUUCUCUGUGGGUCCAGAACAUCGUCAGGCGGCUUUGAGGGCCUUCCAAGCCUGGAAGAAUGAGGGUUGCAUUGGCUUGCCUGUGGUCUACCACUCCACCCAGUACAAGCCCAGGGAGUGUUUCGUGGCCAAGCUGAAGGUGAGUGGCGUGGAACUCACCAAGUUCCCAGUGGGAUCACCCAAGUUGGACGCUUAUCAGGCGGAGGGGAAGAAUCCGGUCUCCCAUGCAGAGGCUGACUGGGCCAAAGUGGUUCAGCGAGAAGGGAAGGGCUGGUUCGUGCCAGAUCCACCGGAGGUCGACCAGGACUGGCAGGAGUAUACGGAUCCAGAAACAGGCUGCCAGAAAACCUGAAUGCCAUCAAGGCCCCAAAGCCCUACAUGUUCCAGGACGCAGCUGGUGGUGGAACGAACGGACCAAGUCCUACAGCUUCGAUCCUCCUCCGCGCUGGCGCGGGUGUCCGACCCCGACCGGUGCAGAGCGCUAAGAA